AUGAGAGCUGUUCUACUCUUGGUUGCCUUUGGGGUUCUGAUUUCUUCAAGCGCGGCUGGUGUUGUCAAUCGUAAGGAAAGAUCAUCGCCCCUCGGCGAACCUUUCAAUGAUAGUUUGAACACUGUGACACCAUCAUCAACAGGAGUCCCUGACCCGGAUCUUCAGAAAUUGUACGAGUUCUUCAGAAUCAUAGAAAACGCAAUGGAGGCACAAACAACAGAAAACAUUAGAAGUGCACUAGACAAGUAUCCUGUAUGGGAUCUUAUUGGCCACAUUCUGAAUGGCACUCUUGAGAUCGAAACGACUACCUUAGACCGAAGUCGUUGA